UAUCUGUCAAAACAUCUGGUAUUUGAAAAACCAUUGAAUCCAUGAAUUGAAGUCAUAACUAGUUUUUGACAUUUAAUUCAUUCAUCAAUUUAUACGAAAAACCUGUAAAACGAGUCAAUUAUUGGCUUAUUAUUGAAAACAAUUUCAUUUGUUUGAAAAGUGAGAGUCAUUUGAUAGCAAAGCCCAGUGAUCACUGAUUAGAGCCACUCAUCUGAACCACAGAUCGUAAACCACUGAUAAUUAACGGCAGAUAAUGACGGGAGGAGUGGUGUUCGUGACGGGAGCCGCCGGUUAUGUCGGAUCUCAUUGUGUUCUGGAGCUCCUGAAGAGUGGCUACGAUGUGGUCGGUGUCGACAACUGCAGCAACGCUGUCAUCGACGAUGAGACCAAUGGUUUGGUCACAAAUGGCAACAAACAAACCGGUCAUCCGUUGCCCGAAAGUUUGCGACGAGUGGAACAGAUUGUGGGCAAGAAAUUGAAGAGCUUUUAUAAAGUGGACAUUUGCGACGAGAAGACAAUCGAUGGCAUAUUUGCUGCCAACAAGUUUGACGCUGUCAUCCAUUUUGCCGCUCUUAAGGCGGUGGGAGAGUCGUGUCAAAUACCUCUGGCCUACUAUCGCAAUAACGUCGGCGGAACCGUCACUUUGUUGGACAUUAUGAAGAGGAAUGGAGUGAAGAAAUUCAUAUUCUCGUCGUCGGCCACUGUUUACGGCACCGCAGAGUAUCUGCCGAUCGAUGAAAAACAUCCGACGGGAAGGAACUGUACGAACCCAUACGGAAAGACCAAAUAUUUCAUCGAAGAAGUACUUAAAGAUCUGAGCGUUUCGGAGAAGGGAUGGUCUAUAGCUUCGUUGCGUUACUUUAAUCCCGUCGGCGCUCACGAGUCCGGAGAGAUUGGCGAAGACCCGCAGGGAGUGCCCAACAAUUUGAUGCCUUAUUUAUGUCAAGUGGCGGUUCAGCGCAGACCGUAUCUCAACGUUUUCGGCAACGACUUUAAGACAACGGAUGGUACGGGUGUUCGCGAUUACAUCCACAUAAUGGAUUUGGCCCGGGGACAUGUGGUCACUCUGAGCAAAAUGCUCGAACAAAACUGGAACGGUUGGCAUGUCUUCAAUCUGGGCGCCGGUCGCGGCUAUUCUGUUCUCGAUGUGAUCCAUGCGUUUGAAGAGUCGACUGGCGCUAGAGUUCCCUAUAAGAUAGUGGACAGACGAUUGGGAGACAUCGAUGAACUCUGGGCUGAUGUCCAGAAAGCUAACGAUAAACUCAAUUGGAAGGCAGAACUGACACUGAAAGACAUGUGCGCUCACAGCUGGAAAUGGCAGUCUAAGAAUCCAAUGGGAUAUCAAACCUGUGAAGUAAUCCCUAAAAAGAAUGGCACUUCAAAUGGACAGUCGACUAAUGGCAUCAAUGGGAACGGUAUUAAGACACUGAACGGCAAUAAAAACUAAAUGUUUACAUGUAUUUAAGCACUCGUUUUACAUUAUGAGCACAAUUUUUUGGCAAUUUUUUCAUGUUUAUUCACUUUAAAACUAGUCCUUAAUUUUUGAUUAUUUAUUUUAAUUUAUUUCGCUAUUUAUUCACACCUACUCUUUGCCAC